GUCAGCUGACUGCAGGCGGAAGUUACGGGAAGCAGACGACAACAAAAACACAACACUUCUUUUUAAUCAAACUUAAGUUGAUCAAUUAUUUACAACCUGUAAACGAUGGAGUCGACACUCGAACAGCAUCUUGAUGAUACCUUGAAGAACCCGGCGGUGGUCGGUGUUCUCUGCACGGACCUGCAGGGACACAACCUGGGCUGCCGUGGGUCCCUCUCUGAUGAACACGGGGGGGUCGUGUCUGUUUUGGCCAAACAAGCUGCAGCUCUCACCAGAGAUCAGAACGAUACCCCGACUGUGUGCUUGGAGUCGGAGUCAGGAAACAUUCUGGUGAGGACCCACGGUACCAUCACAGUAGCAGUCCACAAAAUUGCAUCUUGAGGACAAAAGGACUUUCUGAAGACUUGUCACAGUCCAAAUCAAUCUGAAAAUUUGCUGUUUUCCAUGUAUACAGAUUUCAUAUUUAUACAAGAAAGAGGAGUGUUAAUUAUGUUUAAUGCAAAUGUGUCGAUGUCAUGUACAAAACUACUGCUGUGUCGUGUAAUAAGUCAUGUGUGUAACGCUGUGUGUUCCUGUUCUCUUUUUCUGAACAUCCACGUUCUUAAUCCAAGGCAGUCAUGCACAAAAUAACAACCUUAAUAAAGUUUAACUUGACUUUCAGCUGC